UGUGAAGACAUGGCUACUGAGGACAGGGACGUCAAGAGAAAGAAGUUUUACAGGACGCCCAACGCAGGACUGUGGACUGCUACAGUGCUGGUGAUCAUAUAUAUAGUGUGGGUUGUGGUGUUGUCCAUCUUGACAGAAUCAGGACAUCUCCUAAACAACCAGAGCUUUGAAUGUGGGAACAGUGAGGAGGAUGAGUCACGGCUGAACGAGGAGGCCUCACUGGUGUUUCUGUGGACAGGGUUGGCUCUGCCCGUCUGUAUCAUGCUGCUGCUGAACAUCUGGAUAAAGCGGAGCUUGAACAUGUCACUGUUCCAGCUUGUGAUCUUUGUCCUGUUUUUGGCUAUGACCAUUUCCUUUGCAAAGACUUGGGGGAGAGAGAAUGAGGAAAUAGAAGCAUUUAAAGAGCGCUACCUGGAACUGAUCCCUCUGACUGACGUACCAGGAAUAACACAAACACCCCAGAAUGAUAAAAACUGUGCCAUGCUCAACAACGUUUACUGCUGGCAGGCCGAGUUUAAAUGUUGUGGACUUAAAGGCUAUCAGGACUGGGGGGCUGUGAUCCCAGAUUCCUGUUUGUGUGAAGGAGAGGACAACAGCACUGGAUGUGUUGGAGUUGGAAACAGCCUUAUUCACGAGAAGCCUUGUCUCCCUACAGUCCUCUCCCUUGUAGAAAAACGUAGCUCCACCUUCUGGACCAUCAUGACAAUUUGGAUUACCAUCAUCAGUGUUCCAGUUUCCAUGACUGUGCUCUUCAUGAUGCUUUGCAGUUAUUGGUUGUUGUGUGAAAACUGCUGCUACGCACUGAGCGUUUGGAAAUACAAACUGAGUGGAGGAGAGGAAAUGAUUCCAGUGGUGUUCAUCAGAAAGGACAAUAACAACCAGCCUGAGGGAAAGGGGAAAGAAGAGGAGGAAAAAGAAAGCAGCAGUAAUGGCGUGGUGUUGGUUGUGGAGGACGGGGGAGGCGAGGAGGGUGCCGAAGUUGUUCUGGUUGAAAAUGCAAUGACCAUGAUUCCUCUGUCUGGGCUGAGGAGGCUGCAGGAGGAGCUGGAGCCGCCUCCUGUCCAGCACCAGGUUCAGUGUCUGUGCAUCAUCUCCAGAAAGCCCAGGAACUUCUACACGGUGAUGAUAGAGGAGGGCUCACUGCUGCUGCCCGCUGACGCCAUGCUGGCCGACGCCAACAAACCCACCAGGUGUCUUUGGGCUGAGGGACCCCACGUUUUCUCAGUGGAGGACAUUGUUUGGCCGAGAGAGAGAAAAGUGACAGGCAGCCUGUCGUUGUAG